CGUUUAUGAGUAGCUCGGUCGGUAUAUAAGGGGCGAGUAUGUUCAGCCCAGUAGACACCUGUUUCGUGCGCCAUAGUGAACGGGAGUCGGGACGGACAAAUUAACAACUGCCAGAAAAAGUACCGUAAUGGAUCGCAAAGCAAAUAAGACCAGCUGUGCGGGGAACACCGUCACCAAAGUGUUCGUGCUGCUGCUAGUCAUCUGCCUCGUGGAAUGUGUUACAGAGCAGAGAAUUAACAAUAGAGGUAGCAAAGCGUCGACUCUUUUAGCGAAAGUCGGCGGGUGGCGCAGUCAGCGUGGAGGUUCCUGCUUAAGCUACGGACAUUCCUGCUGGGGAGCGCACGGCAAGAGAUCCGGCAAGCCCCCUGCGUCUGCGCCUGACUGGUACAUCACCAGGCUUCUGCGACGCAUGGCUGCCAAUGCUGAACUGAACCACGUAAAGCAGUUGGCUACGAAGAACGACGACAUUGACGCCAUCUAUCAGAUGACUAUGCCAGACGACUCGCCCGCUACAAACAACCAAAUUGCUGACAACGACGAGAGUCCCGUGGAGCUGCCUUUCAGCAGGAAUAUGGAAGCCAAGCCUAUGCUGGACGACGACUUGCUAUCUAAGAUGAAGAUCUGGCAAAUGAUGAGAGAAUCACCUGAAGAGAAGUAAAAAUUAAACAAAUUAUACCAAAGAUUGACUGACGUUAUUAAUUUCAAAAUUUAUUUUAUUAAAAUAUUUAUAUAAUUAUAAAUUAUAAUACAGUACAUUCGUUCCAUAUACGUUAAUUUAAUACUCUAAUUUUAAUGAUUGUAUUUAAAAAGUCAAUUGUAAGGCUGGGUUACAAUUGGCAAAUAGUUGUAAAAAAUAGUUUUUAAGAUAAAAUGUGCCAUUUAUAAAAGUGUAAGAUGUUUUUAUUUAUCCAUAUUGUGAGUAUUCAACAUCAUUUUGAACAUUAAACCAUUGAAAUGGAAUCAUGACUUCAACCAUUUUCGAUAAUUAUAAUUCGGACAUUCACUGUUAGUCAAAAUAAUAUUUUCGAAAUAGUUACCAAUAUUACAAUUUUAUGUAUUUGACUGUAUUGCAAAUAAUUCACUGUACCAAAAUAUAUCUUUACAGUCUAAACAGAAAUAAUACAAUUAUAUUUUAUCAAUAUCCACCCACAUAAGUCUCGGAUAGUAGGUAAAUGUAAUAUUUAAUCAAUUUGACAAUCACAGAUAACGUGCGAAAAACUAUAGUUAUUAUGCAUAUGAAAAUUCAUACAAAUCAUUAUUUCAAAUUCUAUUGCUAUAGGGAUUUCAUUACAAUGUAUGUAACAGAUUUUUUUCGAAUUACGGAAUUAUUUCGUGUAAACUGAAGGUUCUGUAUCCAUACAUACAAAGUACAGCCAUAAACACAGUGUUUGUAUUUCGACCCCAAUUAUUUGUUAAUUAUAGUAGUGAUGCAAAUGUUCAUAAUUGUUGGUGUUAUUAUAUAAAAUGAAGCUGUAAAAUAUAAGGCAGAUUCAUCUUGGAA